AUGGCCAGCGUGAGCGUUGCGAGCGAUGGCUCUCUACUGGCUGCGGGAAACAAUCUGGGCGACGUCUACAUCUGGCGCGUAUAUCAAAACCACGACUCAACCACCCUUCUCCCUUGCCGCGCAUUCAAGGCCCACAAGGAUUACCUCACGCGCCUUCUUCUGUCGCCAGAUAUAAAAUACCUCGCGACAUGUAGCUCCGACCACACCGUGCGAGUCUGGAAGAUCGACAUGAACGAGGAACAUUUGGAAGAUCUCAAUGAACCCCAGAACCCACCAAUAUCACAGCAACAGCAAGAAGCGCCAACAAAGCAAACAGGACCACUCCCAAACAAUCCCAACACAAUCACACUCUCGCACUCGCAACCUUCCCUGCCGAGUGCCGAGAAUGACAAGCACACCGACUCCUCCCCAGACCCGAAACUGUCCCACUCCACUCCUUCUCUCGCCUCGACUGCUUCCCAACAAUUCCGCCCCACCACAGACCUCAUCUCCCUCCGCCGUCCGCUCCCUUGUCACGCCAUAUUGGACAUCCACCAACGCUGGGUCUGGGAUUGUGCCUUCAGCGCUGACUCGGCGUAUCUUGUCACUGUCUGCUCCGACCACUACGCUCGCCUCUGGGAGAUCCUAACGGGGAAGAUCAUCAGGCAGUAUAGCGGCCAUCACAGGGGCGCGGGAACGGAUUGGGAGGAGGGGAACGACGUGGAUGAGUUCGAGUGCAAGGAAAAUGGAAUUGACAGUGGUGAACCCGACACUGAAGACGACCAGGAUGGCGGAGUAGCAUUGAGUCUGUUGUACCCUGACAGUCGUAACACCAACGGAACGUAG